CGGGGAGGAUGCUGAGCUCUCCAGGAGUGCCAACAGCGGCAGGCCGAGUGGAGACCAAAACCAGCAGUCCUCGGCCAUGGCCAGGCUGGCAGAUUAUUUCAUUGUGGUAGGCUAUGACCAUGAGAAGACCGGGCCAGGAGAAGGCUUGGGCAAAAUAAUCCAAAGAUUUCCCUUGAAGGAUUUGGAUGACACUCCUUUUCCACAGGGAAUAGAGUUGUUUUGUCAGCCUGGAGGAUGGCAUCUGUCCAGAGAGAGGAAGCAGCCUACAUUCUUUGUUGUGGUUUUGACGGAUAUAAACUCUGAGCGGCACUACUGCUCUUGCCUAACUUUCUAUGAAGCUGAGAUCAAUCUGCAGGGGACAAGAGAAGCUGAAGGAGAGGAAGAUUCUGGUUUGAUUCACCCUGCAGAAGUAUUUGCUCCCAAAAGCCUGGUGUUGGUAUCCAGAUUAGAUUAUCCAGAAAUCUUCAGGGCUUGCCUUGGCUUGGUCUACACCGUGUAUGUGGACAACCUGUAUGUUUCAUUAGAGAGUCUCAUUGCAAAUCUCUGUUCGUGCUUUGUCCCUGCUGCUGGAGGAUCACAGAAACUAUUUUCUCUGGGAGCGGGAGACAGGCAGCUGAUACAAACACCUUUACAUGACAGUCUUCCUGUUACAGGGACUAGUGUGGCUCUGCUGUUUCAGCAACUGGGAAUUCAAAAUGUCCUGAGCCUGUUCUGUGCAGUCCUUACAGAAAACAAGGUCCUUUUUCAUUCUGCAAGUUUCCAAAGACUGAGCGAUGCCUGUAGAGCACUAGAGUCUCUGAUAUUUCCCCUAAAAUACAGUUACCCAUACAUUCCAAUUCUCCCUGUGCAGCUGCUGGAAGUUCUCAGUUCACCCACACCAUUUAUUAUUGGUGUGCAUUCUGUCUUCCGUAAUGACAUUCAUGAACUUUUAGAUGUAAUCAUAGCAGACCUGGAUGGCGGUACAAUUAAAAUUCCUGAAUGCAUUCAUCUCUCCCAGCUCCCAGAACCUCUGCUCUAUCAGAUUCAGACUGCUCUCUCUCUAGUUUUACAUCCAGAUUUGGAAACGGCAGAUUAUGCAUUUCCUCCGCCACGAUCAGCUCUAUCACAUUCCAAAAUGCUGGAUAAGGAGGUGCGAGCAGUCUUUCUUAGGUUAUUUGCACAACUUUUUCAAGGAUACAGAUCUUGUCUUCAGCUUAUCAGGAUUCAUUCAGAACCUGUCAUAAAUUUUCACAAGGCAGCCUUCUUGGGCCAACGAGGCUUGAUAGAGAAUGAUUUCCUUACCAAAGUUCUGAACGGAAUGGCAUUUGCUGGUUUUGUGUCAGAUAGAGGCCCUCCCUACAGAGUCUGUGAUCUCUUUGAUGAGUUGGUAGCAUUUGAAGUUGAGAGAAUUAAAUCUGAGGAAAGUCAUUCAUCAAAAAUGUUAAAACAUGUUAGAGAGCUUGCAGAGCAGCUGUUCAAAAAUGAGAAUCCAAAUCCUCACAUGGCAUUCCAGAAAGUUCCACGACCUACAGAAGGAUCACACCUACGAGUUCAUGUACUUCCUUUCCCCAAGAUUAAUGAGGCUCAAGUUCAGGAGUUAAUCCAGGAAGGCUUGGCUAAGAACCAAAGUGCACCACCUGCUAAUCGGGUAGAAAGAAAAUGUGUUGUUCCUGCUGGCCCACCUGUUGUUUCCAUAAUAGAAAAAUCAAGCACAAUUUUCAACAGUGCUCAAAGGCUGGAAGUUGUUAGAAACUGCAUCUCUUCUAUAUUUGAAAAUAAAAUUUUGGAGACUGAAAAGACUCUACCUGCUGCUCUCAGAGCCCUUAAAGGAAAAGCAGCUCGACUGUGUUUGACACAGGAACUAAGCCUUCAUGUUCAGCAAAACCGAGCAAUACUGGAUCAUCAGCAGUUUGAUUAUGUAAUACGAAUGAUGAACUGCACUUUGCAGGAUUGUUCAACUUCAGAAGAAUAUAACAUUGCUGCAGCACUACUGCCAUUAACAACUGCUUUCUAUAGGAAAUUAUCACCUGGAGUCAAUCAGUUUGCUUAUUCCUGUGUACAAGAUCAUCCGAUAUGGGCUAACCAGCAGUUCUGGGAAACAACAUUUUAUAGUGAUGUGCAAAAUCAAAUUCGUUCCCUCUAUCUGUCAGCUAAGGAAGACAAUCAUCCACAAUACUUAAAGCAGAAGGAAAAAAAAUCUGAGGGCCAAGCCCAAGAAAAAACAGCCAUGGACUUGGCUGCUGAGCAAUUGCAUCUCUGGCCAACACUUAGUAAAGAGACUCAGCAACAGCUAGUACAAAAUGAAGAAAGCAUGGUUUUCAGCCAGGCAAUUCAUUUUGCGAAUCUCAUGGUUUAUCUACUAGUGCCACUAGACACAAGUAAAAACAAACUUUUGAGAACCACUGCUACAGGAGACUGGGAAAGUGGAAGCAACAGCAUUGUCACAAACAGUAUUGCUGGAAGUGUUGCAGAGAGCUAUGACACUGAAAGUGGAUUUGAGGAUUCUGAGAACAAUGAUAUUGCCAAUGCCGUUGUGCGCUUCAUUACCAGAUUUAUAGACAAGGUUUGUACAGAAAGUGGCGUGACGCAGGAUCACAUCAGAAGUCUCCAUUGUAUGAUACCAGGAAUUGUAGCAAUGCAUAUUGAGACCCUGGAAGCAGUCCAUCGGGAAAGUAGAAGAUUGCCACCAAUACAGAAGCCCAAGAUUCUACGGCCAGCUUUGCUACCUGGAGAAGAGUUUGUGUGUGAAGGUCUCCGUGCGCUCCUGGAUCCUGAUGGCAGAGAGGAAGCAACUGGGGGAUUGCUUGGAGGCCCUCACAUUCUCCCUGCAGAAGGAGCUUUAUUCCUUACUACAUACAGAGUUAUAUUUAAAGGCACACCUCAUGAUCAACUAGUGGGAGAACAAACAGUUAUUCGGAGCUUCCCUAUUGCCUCAAUAUCUAAGGAGAAGAAAAUUACCAUACAGAAUCAACUUCAACAGAGUAUGCAGGAAGGGCUGCAGGUUACCUCAGCUUCCUUUCAGCUGAUUAAAGUAGCUUUUGAUGAAGAAGUGGGCCCUGAAGUUGUAGAGAUGUUUAAGAAACAGCUAAUGAAGUUUCGCUACCCCCAGUCUAUCUUUAGCACUUUUGCUUUUGCAGCUGGUCAGACUGCACCUCAGAUAAUCUUACCAAAGCAAAAGGAAAAGAACACUUCCUUUCGCACUCUUUCAAAAACAAUUGUAAAAGGAGCUAAACGUGCAGGGAAAAUGACGAUUGGUCGACAGUACUUACUAAAGAAGAAGGCAGGGACAAUUGUAGAAGAAAGGGUGAAUCAUCCAGGGUGGAAUGAGGAGGAUGAUAUCUCAGAUGACAGUGAAAUGCACAUGAGUGGUACUUUGAAGGCAUCAGAGAAAUCAACAAUGGAGCAGCUAGUGGAGAGAGCUUGUUUCAGAGAUUAUCAGCGUUUGGGACUGGGGACCAUCAGCAACAGCUCUUCUCGCUCAAAAACAGAGUACUUCCGAAUAACUGCAUUAAAUAGGAUGUAUUCUCUUUGUAGAAGCUAUCCAGGGCUACUAGUGGUACCUCAAUCUGUGCAAGACAGCAGCUUGCAGAGAGUAGCACGGUGUUAUCGACACAAUCGCUUACCAGUUGUCUGUUGGAAAAACCCCAAAACCAGCACACUCCUGCUUCGGGCUGGUGGCUUUCAUGGCAAAGGAGUAGUUGGCCUGUUCAAAUCUCAGAAUUCACAAACAUCAGCUCCUACAUCACUAGAAUCAUCAAGCAGCAUAGAACAAGAAAAAUACCUGCAAGCCUUAUUGAAUGCAAUUUCAGUUCAUUGCAAAAUGAAUGGCAAUAACACUCUCACUGUCAGGCCCAUGAUUGCUUUAUCUCCAGGUAUGUGGGCAAGUCUUCGUUCUAGCAGUCGGUUUAUCAGCACUCAGAUGCCAUUCCUUGAUGUGGGUGCAAGACUAGCUGGGAAAGAUGGUUCACCUUCGUAUACCAACAGUAAUGCAUAUUUUCAAAACCAACUUCUGAAACGCCAAGCUGCCCUCUAUAUAUUUGGUGAAAAAUCUCAACUAAGGGGCUUCAAACUUGAUUUUGCUUUAAAUUGCGAAUUUGUUCCUGUUGAAUUCAGUGACAUCCGACAAGUGAAAACUAGUUUUAAAAAACUUAUGAGUGCUUGUGUUCCUAGCAAUAUUCCUGCAGAUUCUGAAAUAACAUUCCUUAAAGCGCUUGGAGAAUCAGAAUGGUUCCCACAGCUUCAUAGGAUAAUGCAGUUGGGUGUGGUUAUAUCAGAGCUGCUUGAGAAUGGUUCUUCAGUUUUGGUUUGUCUGGAAGAUGGCUGGGAUAUCACCGCACAGGUGGUGUCUCUCGUGCAGUUACUCAGCGAUCCAUUCUAUCGAACACUUGAAGGUUUCAGAAUGCUAGUGGAAAAAGAAUGGCUAUCCUUUGGUCACAAGUUCAGCCAGCGUAGUAAUUUGACCCUGAAUUGUCAGGGGAGUGGAUUUGCACCGGUUUUUUUGCAGUUCUUAGACUCUGUGCACCAAAUUCACAAUCAGUAUCCAACAGAGUUCGAGUUCAAUCAGUAUUACCUGAAGUUCUUAGCAUUUCACUAUGUUUCAAAUCGAUUUAAAACAUUCCUUUUGGACUCAGACUAUGAAAGACUAGAACAUGGGACCCUGUUUGACGAUAAAGGAGAAAAGCAUGGCAAGAAAGGAAUUUGCAUAUGGGACUGUAUUGAUAAAAUACAUAAAAGGAAUCCUGUUUUCUUCAAUUAUCUCUAUGCACCAAUUGAAACAGAGGCAUUAAAACCAAAUGUGAAUAUGUCUAGUCUAAAAAAGUGGGAUUACUACACAGAGGAAACCUUAGCCACUGGUCCUUCUUAUGACUGGGACAUGAUAAUGUUAAAAUGUAGCAGUUUGAAUUACUCUGACCAGGUGGAUGUAUCAGCUUCCCACAGUAAAAGAAAAAUUGUCUGGCCAUGCUAUGACAACAUAAACAAAGUGCAACCUGAUGCCAUCACCAGCCUAUUAAAUGAAAUUGAAAGACUGGAGAACAAGUUAAACCAAAGCCCAGAAAAGUGGCAGCCAUUGUGGGAAAGAGUCAAAGUAAAUGUUAAAGAAGAUACUAGACAGGACAAUCAUCGGAGACAUCCUUCUGGCUCUUCAGCAAUAAUGUCCGCCAAUCUUCAUUCCUAUCAGAAGAGAUCUUUGUUGCAUCUACCCGACAGCGGAUUGGGUGAGGAACAAAGCACCAAUACUUCACCCUCUAAUGGUGUGGAAAGGAGAGGAACUACACUAUACAAUCAAUUCACAUCAAAAAAUGAUGAAAAUAGGUCAUUUGAAGGUACACUUUACAAAAGAGGGGCUUUGUUAAAAGGCUGGAAACCUCGCUGGUUUGUACUGGAUGUUACCAAACACCAGCUAAGAUAUUAUGAUUCUGUGGAAGAUGCAUGCUGUAAAGGACAUAUUGAUCUUGCAGAAGUAGAAACUGUAACUCCAGCAUCACCAACAAUUGGUGCUCCAAAGCAUGCCAGUGACAAAGGGUUCUUUGAUCUGAAGACGAGUAAGCGUGUGUAUAAUUUCUGUGCCCAAGAUGCACAAAGUGCCCAGCAAUGGAUGGACAGAAUACAGAGCUGCAUUUCAGAUGCAUAAUAAGGAAUCUCAUGCCACUGCCAGGUGCUGGAAGGAAAGGCUCUUCUCCAUAUACAUGAGAAAAUAAUAUUCGAUUGUGGGAAGAAAAAAUCCUUUUGCUCAUCAAGCAGCCUUUUAUUUCUGCCAUAAAAGUUCAGAACAUCAUCUUUACUGAAAUAUUUAAUGUAUACAGUGAUUCUUUCUCCAAUUGGAGGACACUCAAAAUAAAUAAACACUUUGCCUGAAAACCUUUCUCUCUAUCAAGCUGGAUGAACUGGCAGCAUUGAACUGGGUUAUUUUUUUCUUUAAUCACAGGGUUCUUAGUUCCAUCAGAAUAAUUCUGAAUGUUUGUGAAUACCUUUUCCAAAUAUUCUAUUUCCUACUUAGUUUUUCUGUAUAAAGGAAAUCAUCGAGGAAAAAAUGAUUACAUUUAAAGGCUACUACUUGUUUCCUAGAGGACAUUAUUUCAACCUAUAAGUGCUAUAAGAUUGAAAUAACAGGUAUUAAAGUAGGGACAGAAGUUUUAAGGUGCUUAAUUUUUUACAUCAAAAACAUUUAAAGGAUUAUUCUUUCUCUUCCAGUUGCUUUUUGGCCUUUUUAUCUCCCGAGGUAUCUUUCACUGUUCCUAUUAGUUAAUUGUCAAGUGCAUCUUCUUUGCUUAGAAUUCCCUUUGCAAAACAACAAUGAAAAUAUAUUGGCCUGGAAAAAAAGCAACUUUUACAAACACAGACUUAGGUAGGAGAAAAAGCCUAAGAAGUAUAAAAGUUGUAUAUUAACUUAUAUGCUCUUCUGCUCACUGUAAAAUAAAAUAACAAAAUGAUAAAUGCACUAAACAAAAAAACCCACUUGCACUGAAACCCUUGAAAGCCGACAUUUCGAAGGACUGAUCUAUUUAUAGCAAAAUGCUUGCUAGAUAAACAGCAAUUGCAGAUGAUUAAUAUGUACAUAAUUGGAUUUAAUAUGUGUAACUUGAUACUUUAAAAACAUUUUUGCACAUGAAUUGGAAGAAUGUUUUUAGAUUUUUUUACAUUUGCUAACAUUGUGUUUCUUCAUCUUAAAAAUCUUUGAGGAAUGUUUUUUUACAGUCCAAAUUAAUACAAGUUCGACUUGCUACAACCUGCAAUGACUGUCUCUUUCUACAUAGCUAAUGCUUCAGUGUUUUUAUUUCAAAUAUUAAUGUGUGAAAUAUUAUACAACUAUGUCAGAGUUUGUAUAUACAAGUAAAUAUUUUCUAGUGUUUAGUCAUGUUGAUUGUAACUAUUGAACUAAUCAAACUGACCGUUUAUAAGGCUUUCAGUUACUGAAAUAGUUUACCAUUUUUAAAACCACUAUUUCUUUUCUUUUCAAGUAAACAGUGAAUACAAAUUCUACACUGUACACAAAAUAGGAAAUGUAUCUGUUUUUAAUAACUGAAGAUUUUGCAAAAGGAGUGAAGGACUUUUUCUAGCAUUUUCAGCUGAUAAAUUACCACCUGUGAAAAAUGGUGUUUGCACAUUCAUGUAUUUGCUGUGUAUAUGAAGUACUUUUAUAUGUACUUUGUAAAAUAAACAUAUUGUUUGUUCCAUGUUUGUCUGAAAAUGUACACACCAUUACUUAAAUGGAUGUAAUGAGAGAAUUUUAAUUAUUUUAUAUGUUACUUAACUUGUGUAUGCAUUGCUAACCAACUUGCAAUAAAAAUGCU